UGGUUAUGUCAGAGGUAGAAUUUACUGAAAUAUGACUGUUGUACUGCGAUGAAUUUAUUUUUCUUGCAUAGCAAUGAUUUUGUGAUGAAAACAGUUUGUGCAGCGGUUAAUGUUCCUCUUAGAUAUUCCUCUGUGUUUUUUAUUUCAAGCCGAAAUUUGUCUGGAGAGUCUAAAGUUAAUUUAAACUCAAGUAAAAAGUUUAGAGAUGCACAGGACAAGAUUGUACCUAAGUUGAGCAAGAGAUCCCGAGAGAGAGCUGUUCCAGCAACCAGAAUCAGCCGAAUUGCUAAUUAUGGAGGUUUGGUUGCCAGUGUUGGAAUUGGUGCAUUGGCUGAAAUGGCUCGACGACAACUUGACAAAGAUCCAAACCGUGAUGGAAGCCCAUUUCUUACAGAAGCCAAUGCAACCAAAAUAGUGAAUACUUUAUGUAAGGUUCGGGGAGCAGCAUUGAAACUUGGUCAGAUGCUGAGCAUACAAGAUAAUACCAUGAUAUCACCAGCAUUGCAAAAGAUUUUUGAAAGAGUUCGAGAUGGAGCUGAUUUCAUGCCAUCGUGGCAAUUAGAGAAAGUGCUUAAGACAGAGCUUGGUCCAGAAUGGAUUAUGCAACUGGAACACUUUGACAUGAAACCAUUUGCAGCUGCAUCAAUUGGUCAGGUCGAAGGUAUCCUCAAGGAUGGACGAAGGGUUGCCAUCAAAAUUCAGUAUCCUGGAGUUGACACCAGUAUUGAUAGUGAUAUUGACAAUAUUGUUGCUUUGUUGAAACUUGGCAACAUUGUUCCACCUGGUCUUCAUUUGGAGCAAUUUGUAGAUGUGUCACGUCGUGAAUUAGCAUGGGAAGUAGACUAUAACAGGGAGGCAAAUUGUGCCAAAAAGUUUAGGAAGCUUCUUGAAAAUGAUGUUGCAUUUUAUGUUCCCGAGGUGAUUGAUGAUCUGAGUUCAAGGCGUGUCCUUACAACCGAAUUUGUUGAGGGAACUUCACUUGAUAAGCACAUAGUGCGUGAAAAAAAUGUUACAAAUAAGAUAUGUCUGGAUAUACUCAGACUAUGUUUGAGGGAGCUGUUUGAGUUUAAUUUCAUGCAAACAGACCCAAACUGGUCCAACUUUCUCUAUAAUGAUGAAAACAAAAAGAUAUGUCUUCUGGAUUUUGGUGCUAGUCGAGAAUAUCCAAAACAAUUUGUUGAUACCUACAUUAAGAUAAUUCAUGCAGCAUCAGUUGGUGACAGAAAAACUGUUGUUGAAUGUUCAAAACAUCUUGGUUUCCUAUCAGGUUAUGAAUCAAAGGUAAUGGUCACAGCUCAUGCUGAUGCUGUUAUGAUUCUUGGUGAACCAUUUAGUUCAUCGGAAGAAUUUAACUUUGCUACUCAAGAUACAACAGCUCGAAUACAGUCUCUAAUUCCAGUAAUGCUUCGCCAUCGUCUUACUCCUCCACCGGAAGAGAGUUACUCUCUACAUCGCAAGAUGUCUGGUGCAUUUUUGCUUUGCUCAAGACUUGGUGCUGCUAUUUCCUGCAAACCUCUUUUUGAUGAGAUUUGGAGCAACUAUAAGUUUUCAACUGUCUCUUGAAAUAUAAGAAAUUUAUGAUUUUAUCAUACAUGUAAAUAACUUGUGGUAAUUAUUAAUUAUUUAUAAAUUUUUUGAGCAAUUGA